UUAGGACUUAACAAUUUAUUAGUUAGGAUUUAGAAUUACUUUAAGCUGUUUGAUCGUGCCUGUUUUAGUUAAUGUUUACUACAUUUAAUCAAAUUUUUUCAAACUAAAAUGAACAGUUUAUUAAACAUUGUUUUAGUUUGAUUCUAUAUGUUCUCUUAGUACAUUUUGUUGUAGAUUUACAAAAUGAAAUGGAAUCAUAUCGUAAAUAUAAUUCAAGACAUCAUGACUCUCGUCACCAUAAACAUCAUAAGCAUCGUCACCGCCAUCAUCACUAUAGAUAUGAAGUUGAGGAGGAGUAUGAAUCUCAUCGUAACCAUCAGCGACAUCACAAUCAUCAUAAUAGUGAAGAUGAUAGUGAUUAUGACUACAAAAGAGUUUCUUCGAAUGAUAGAAUUGAAAAGCCUCCAUCACCAAUGCAAUCAAAACCUAUUAAAAAACCUGCUACUCCACCACCAGUUGUACCAAUUGUUGAAAAACCUAGGGAGCGUAAUUGGAAGCUUAUAGUUGAUCCAUUUCUUACUAAAGCACCUACUAAAGUAUACAGGUACGAUGGUAUUGUACCAAAUGAUCCAUCUCAACCAGAUGUGAUUGUUCAGGAUCCUCGAAUAAACAAAUCAAAAACUAAAACUAUUACCCUCCCAGUUGAACUUACAGUGCCUAAGUUUAAGCUUGAUAAGAAUUAUAUUGGUCAACGACCAGAAGUUGAAGUAACAUUUUCUAAUUUGAAUGACAAUAUUGACAAAGUUUUUCUUACAGAUUUGGUAGUUAAAUUUGGAAAAAUACAAUUGAUACAAAUUUUUUACCAUCCAGUUACAAAAAAACAUUUAGGCUUGGCAAAAAUUGUUUUUGAAGAGCCAUCAGGAGCUAAAAUGUGUGUUCAGCGUUUAAAUGAAUCAUCAGUUAUGGGGAAAGUUGUUAAUGUAUUUUUAGAUCCAUUUGCUGCAGAAUGCAAAGUUAUGUUUGAUAAGUUAACUGAAGAAAAACCAAAACCUCCUCCUCCAGAAAUACUUAAAAAAAAAGAACCUAUUAUUUCAAAUCGUGAUCGGCGGAUAAUUAAAAUAGUCAAACCUACUGAUGAAUCUCCUGGAAUAACAAAAGAGGAUAAACCACCUUCAUCUAUUUCUGAAAAUUAUACUAAUUUUAACUAUGAAUACACUCCUUCACCAGCUACCAGUGAUCUUCCAUCUGAACAAAGUUACAGUAGUGGUUAUAAUAGUAUUAGUGGUACGCCCGCCUAUAAUGGAACUUAUCCAUAUCCUUAUAAUAGAUACCCCUGUAACAUUCCUCCUGUUCCAAACAAUCAUUGGUGGGGAGAAUCUAGUCCUGUACUUCCUCCAUUACCCACAACACCUGCGCCAAAGUUAGAUUCUGAAGCGCAAUCAAAAUUAGAUUUGGAUACGAGAAUUGCAAUGCUUCUUAGUGGGAUGUCUUCUCAAGGUGCUAGUGUUGAGCCUGCAUUCUUAUCUAUUGUGAAGAAAGAACCUGACGAUAUUCCUGAAGCUUCUACUGAUAUUAAUGAUGAAAAUUUAAGAAUAAGUCUACCAUUGCCACCAGGAGUGAAUGACAUACCAUCUGAUCUAGAUGAAGAAAAACUUAGCAAUGAUGAUGAAGUGUUACCACCUCUUUCUAAUCCACCCUCACCAUUUCUUUCCAAAGAAAUAUAUAUAAAGUGUUUUGAAAUGGCUGUUGAACAGCUCAAAGCAACAAGAGAAAAAGAAAAAUUAGAAGCAAAAAGUUUCUUAAAUAAUACAAUAAGAAAUGUGAUCAAUAAAACAAUGCACGAUUCUAUUCAUAGUGAUAUUAGUUCUAGUGAUGAUGAAGCAAUGUUAGGAAAAACUUCUAAAGGUAAUACACCAGAUGAUGCAAUGAGUUUGUCCAGUUUAUCUUCUCGCGACGAAAAAAUUGUAGAAAAUGACCCUAACAUUAAUAUUAUGCCUCAGUAUGUUCCCUUACCAAAUUAUCCUCCUCAAGGUUACUAUUAUCCUCCUCAGUUCAAUAACCAUUAUGGAUAUCAAUAUCUUCCUUACCAACCUCAUUAUAAUUAUGGUCCUCCAUUACCUAAUAGAAAUUUUUAUGAACAAGAACGACCAGACAGACAUGAAAAUAAAGAUCUCCCGGCUGAAAUUAGAAAAAAAUUAAUGAGAGCUGUUAUUGAUGAAUUGAGAAUAAUAAUCAAGCGAGAUCUUAUGAAGAAGAUGGGUACAACUGUUGCUUUUAAUGCAUUAGACCAAUGGUGGGAAGAUGCUGAAAGACAGUCAAAAACUACUAAUGUAACAAAUGAAGAGCUUAAGUCUAUUCAUCCUGCGCCUAACUUAAACAGUAUUUUAGAAGCUGGAACUGAAGGAUUGGAGACAUUAGCUCUAAGUGGGUUAGGUCUUGGAUUUAGAGCAGCAAUUCCCAAAAUGCCAUCAUUCCGUAGAAAAACUAAGGAACCUUCUCCCAAAAAAGUAAAUCAAGAAGAUGAUAAUGGUAGUGAUAAAGAAGAAAUGGUUAUAACUUCAGAUAAUGAAGGAAAUGAUGUGAAUGAUGAUGAAGUUACUAGACCUACUUUUGCUGAACGUAAACGUUUGGGAAGAGAAUUAUUUGACAGUGAUAGUAAUUCAUCUACCUCAGAUCAAUCUCCACAUUCAUCUGUGGAUGAUGAAGAGUCCAGUGAAAACAGCUCUAGUGAUGAAGACUCUUGUGAAGGAUUUGCAUGGCAAACAAAACUAAAGCAACUAUGCAAAUCAAUGUCAAUUGAAGAUUUUGAUUUUGUUAGAGAGUUAACACCACCUGGAAGAGAAACUCCUAUGGCUAUUGAUACAUUAUCAAGCUCAGAUGAAGAAGGAUCAUUUGUUAAAUUCAAACGUGAUGAAAAGGCUAUUAAGAGAAAAAUAUCUAAAGACUCUUCAAGUGAACAAGUGGAAACUAAGAAACGUCUAAUAAAUGGAGAAUCAUAUACUGAAGAUAAUCAAAGUAGAAUAGUUGCAGAUCAUUCAUAUUGUAUGCCUCAGGAGGUUUACAGUCCUCCACCUAUUCCUGAGUGGGAAAUUGAAAUGGAUUCCACUGAAAUACCUAGAAGUGGAAUUCCUAAUAAUGAACAGAAGAAAUUAUCUGAAUCAUCAAGGAAAGCCAAAAAACCACUUACCAUUAGAGAUAACAACAUGAUAGAACCUGUAGACCAACUUCCUGUACAAAAACAUCGUGAUAAUCAAGUCAAAACAAAAUAUUUUAGUAGGCGUGAUAUGGUUCAAGAAGCAACCGUUCUCUUUGAGUUUCUUACCAAGGGUGUAGAUAUGGAAGAUAUAAAUUAUUUGAAACAAAGUUAUGAAUCAUUGUUAGUGAAUGAUUCUGUUCACUAUUGGUUAAAUGAAACUCAUUGGGUUAGCCAUCCAGUGACAUCAUUGCCAAAUCAGCUUCCUAGAAAAAAGAAAAAAGAUGAUUGGAAAGUUCAUGAAACUGGAUGUGCGAGAACAGAAGGUUACUAUAAAUUAGAUAGUAAACAAAAAGCUAAUCAUAAGUAUCAUUUUGGCCAUACAAUAUCACAAUUAAAUCGUAUCGCAGAACUUAAACGAGUCAAAGAAUCAACUGGCAAAAUGUUAGCACUUUCACGUGAAGCACGUAGCAAUCAGCGUAGAUUGCUUACAGCAUUUGGAGCCACAUCAGACAGUGAUUUAUUAAAGUUUAAUGUAUUGAAAUUCCGUAAAAAGCAAUUGAAAUUUGGUAAAUCUGCUAUUCACGACUGGGGAUUAUUUGCAAUGGAGUCUAUUGCAGCAGAUGAAAUGGUGAUUGAAUAUGUAGGUCAAAUGGUUAGACCUGUUGUAGCUGAUUUAAGAGAGCGUCAAUAUGAGGCUACAGGAAUAGGUAGCUCAUAUUUGUUUAGAAUAGAUUUGGAUACUAUAAUUGAUGCUACAAAAUGUGGAAAUCUAGCAAGGUUUAUUAAUCAUAGUUGUAAUCCAAAUUGUUAUGCUAAAAUUAUACAAAUUGAAGGACAGAAGAAAAUUGUUAUAUACAGCAAGCAGCCAAUUGGAGUAAAUGAAGAGAUCACAUAUGAUUAUAAAUUCCCGCUUGAGGAAAAUAAAAUACCUUGUCUGUGUGGUACUCCUUAUUGUAGAGGAACGCUCAAUUAGUAGAUUUUAAAAUUAUAUGUACAGUUUUAAUUUAUUUUCUAUAUAAAUCUUGUACAGCAUGUUUUAAAUAAUUGAUAAAAUUAAUGUAUGCAUUUGUUUUGUUUACAAUUAACUGUUUACAUCUCUUCAUAAUAUUGAAGGAU